AUGGGGAAACGGCACAGUACCUCGGACAAGCCGAGGCACUCCGUGGUUUCCACCACUGGUACCGUUCAGCUUGCCUACACCAACAGCAGACCAUCGUCCGUUGUCCGUCACUCCAUCGCCGAUGGCACGAGUGCAGCUUCGACCUCGAACGGUGGCAGUAAGCCUCUCCCCUUGCCCCUCGGAUCCCUAGACCCCAAACCCCUACCGCAAGCGCCGCCCUUGUCUCCAUUGAUCUCUCCUCCAUCAUCUCCUGGCACGCCAUCCUCUCCGCCGACACGACCAUUACACCUGUCAUUUUCGCCGUCUCCCACCCCUUCGCUGCGCGUCCCUGCAGGCGACCACCUUUCCCCUGUAUCCUCCCCACGAAGCUCGACGUCUGCGGUCAGCACGCCUGAAAGCAACCACUCGGCCGUGGUGCGCUCCGAGGGGGAGGAUGCCGACUCGUUCCACGUCCGGAGCACGUACGCGCAGCUUGACCAGUGCGGUGUCAAGGGCGACGGCUACGACGAGGGCGUAGAGCGGACGCGGGCGCGCGUCGGCGGCAGCCGCGCAAGCGAACUACGGGCGCAGCAGGCGCUCGGCGAUGGGCAGGAGAAGACGCGCGAACUUGCACCGCAAGAGGUCGAGUUGCUCCAGAGCCUUGACAGAUAUGGCUUCUUCAACACACCCUCCCACGACCGCCUUAUUGCCAUGCCUGCCGCGCCCUUCUCUAAGCCGCUCGCGCGCACAUCCGCGGCGGUGAUAACUGGUCCCGCAAGCCCGCCACUCCUCCCACACCAGCCAGAUAGUCCACCGCCCGUCAAGGAAGGUUCGCGCACAGCCAAGUGGGGCCGGAUGCUCGUCGCUGCUUCCCGGGACGAGGGCGGCAACAUCGACUUUUGGGGUAUCAAGCCGUCGAAGGAGCCCAAGUUCCGGGAGCGGGUGUACAAGGGUAUCCCCGACUGCUGGCGGAGCGCCGCCUGGGAGGUCCUCAUGUGCAGGUUCUCGCGCACGGGCAAGGUGGAGCUUCGGGAACUUAUGGCAGAGUACCGGGAAGCCCUCGACAAGCCCUCGACGUAUGACGUACAGAUCGACUUGGAUGUGCCACGGACGAUCAGCGGGCAUGUCCUCUUCCGGACAAGAUAUGGCCAAGGGCAACGGUCAUUGUUCCACGUCCUGCAUUCACUCUCGCUGAAGUGUGAAACAUGCGGUUAUUGUCAAGGCAUGGGCCCCCUCGCCGCGACCCUCCUCUGUUACUACGAGCCGGAACGCGCCUACGCGUCAUUAGUGCGGUUACACGACUCGUACAGCAUGCAUUCCGUAUUCAGUCCUGGCUUCCCUGGUCUCCUUGAGGCGAUCUACGUCCAAGAGCGGUUGACAGAGCAGAUGCUCCCAGCUGUGUACGGCGCUUUCAAGAAACACACAGUAUCGACAACGUCGUACGCAACCAAGUGGUACAUUACCCUGUUUGCAAACUCUGUGCCGUUCCAGAUGCAACUCCGGCUGUGGGAUGCUUUCCUGCUGGAGGGUCACGAUAUAUUCGUGGUCGUUGCGUUGGCUAUCAUCUGGGUCUACCGAGAUCACAUCACUUCGGAGUCGGCUAACUUCGAGACGGUAUUGUCUCUGCUUUCAUCCUUCUUUGUUCCCGAAGACGAGGAUGCUGUCCUGCAUUGGAUCGAGAAGGUCCUCGGCGACAAGAAGAUCCGUUCGGAUAUGGCGCGGUGGAGACAGGACUGGAAUCGACUGGUCGCGUCAGGCGAGCACCAUUCCGCAUUGCUAUAGCAUAGCCUUCGCAUGGACUCGAUGCUCGAUGGACACCUGUUCUUCUCACCUCGCAUGGGCCUCUGUUUCUGUUUGGCAUAGGGCUUGCAUCCGCCGGACAUGAGUGGAGCUAUAGAUCCUCUUUUGGGCCAGUUUUACCUGUGUCUAUAUUCUUCGUUCCUUGAUUCUAUCUCUGUUUGGAUCGGCUGGUUUCUGUCUCCAUCGUCGUCAUGAUCGUUUUCACUCGCUGCUCUCCGCAUGUCCUGGCUGAUGCAACAUAUUCCUAGUGUUAGAUGCUAAUCGUGAUACCAUGUCGCCUAGUAUACACCUACUUACCGUACCUCAUAGCAGUCGGCUCGACCUCACGAUGUAUCGAUUGAGGAUAACUCCAUAGGAAUACAAGGGCAGUAUAGAGACGU